AUGACCCUCAUUUGCUCCCAGUUUCUGGAAAUACUGGAAGGCGUGCACUUGGGCAUGCACGUCUUCAUGGCAGAGGCCGCCUGCGGGCAUCUGCUGCUGAGACAGAGAGAGCUGGAGUUCCACUCCGCACCCGAGGGCGUGAGUGGCUGGCUGAACCAGGCUCGGCUGGCCUUUGCCCUGCCAUGGCGACAGAUCUCCGAUGGAUCUGUCAUGGCGUUCACACUGUCUGGAGCGUUGCCAGAUGUCCCACAGGGACGCUUCUCAUCGGCCAUGUCGAUGCCGCUGCUGACAGAAGCCCUGAAGAAGGCGGCUGCUGAUCCGCGGAUUCGUGGCAUUGCGGUGAAGAUCGAUCCCCUGUCCAUCGGUUGGGCCAAACUCCAGGAGCUGCGGCGUCACAUCGACUACUUCAGGGAGUCUGGCAAGUUCAGCCUGGCCUACAUGGAGCGCGCGGGCGAGAAGGAGUACUACUUGGCAUCCGCCUUUGAGGAGAUCUAUGCGCCCCCCACCGCCUCGCUGGGCCUGCGUGGCUUCUCUGUUGGGGGCAGCUUCCUCAGGGGAGUCCUGGACAAGAUUGGGGUCGAGCCGGAAAUCAAGCGCAUCGGCAAGUACAAGUCGGCGGGCGACCAGCUCCUGCGCACAGACAUGUCGGAUUCACAGCGGGAGCAGCUCUCGGCGCUGCUUGACGACAUCUACGCCGGCUUCAGCGCCGACGUGGCGAGCUCUCGCGGCAAGACCGAGGCUGAGGUGCGGGAGAUGCUGGAUGCGGGCUACCACCAGGCCGAGGAAUAUGCAGCGCAAGGCUGGAUCACUGGCCUCAAGUACGAGGACGAAGUGGAGGAGCUGCUCAAGCAGCGCACGGGCGGCAAGGAGGACAGGGUGCUGCGCGCGCCGCUUCGUCGUGUGGCGGCGGUGGGCAAUUCGGUGCUGCGGAAGCUGGCCAGCAGGCAGGUGAUUGCCGUGGUGCGGACCGCGGGUGCCAUCAAUGGAGGAGGUGGGGGGGGCCUCCCCUCCACUGGCUCUGCCAUCACCGCGCCAGACGUCAUCCGCCAGCUGAAAGCGGUCAAGGACAACAAGAAGGUGGCGGCCGUCAUCCUGCGCAUCGACAGCCCCGGCGGCGACGCCCUGGCCUCCGACCUCAUGUGGCGGGAGAUUCAGCAGCUGGCGGCCAAGAAGCCGGUCAUCGCCUCCAUGGUGGAUGUCGCGGCCUCUGGCGGCUACUACAUGGCGAUGGGCGCCACGCACAUCGUGGCCGAGCCUCUGACCAUCACCGGCUCCAUCGGCGUGGUGACCGGGAAGUUCAGCCUGGAGCGGCUGUUUGAGAGGGUGGGUUUCAACCAGACCACCAUCUCCAGGGGUCGGUAUGCCGAGGCCCUGACGGGAGCGCGGCCCCAGUCCAGCGAGGAGGAGGCCUGGUUCGACGAGGGGGCCUGGAUCGCGUACCGCUCCUUUCGCGAUCGGGCGGCGGCGAGUCGGGGCGUCUCGCCCGACGACCUGGAGGCCGUGGCACAAGGCAGGGUGUGGUCUGGGCGGCAGGCACUGGAGCACGGCCUGGUGGACGUGCUGGGCGGCAUCGGGCGGGCGCUCCAGCUGGCCAAGCUGGCCGCCGACAUCCCGCUGGCCCAGAACGUGCCCGUCAUCGAGUUCUCCAGGGCAAAGGUGAACCCGCUGGCGCUGCUGAGCGGGUCGCGGUCGGCUGCCUGGCUGCCGUUCCUGGCAGCAAUGAGCGUUCUUCCCCCGCAGCUGCACUCGGCGUUCCGAAGCCUGUAUGGCUCGGUCGCAGCUUCUGCAGGCGGACUCAAUGAGAUCCAAGCCAGUGAUGGUGGCCUCCUCAGCGGGCUGCGGUCCGGGCAUCCGCUUGCCCUCUCCCCCAUCGUGGAGGUCACCGCCGUCUCCUCCCCUUCGUCCACGGUUGGGCAGGUCUGCGACUGCCGCCAAGAGCCUUUUGGGGGCAAGUGA